GAAUCAUCUCAUAAGGCAGGGGGAUUUCAGUUCGGAAACGACGCGGAGCUUUGCACGGAUUCUCGCCCAUUUCUAUGCUUUCGUGCUGUAGUUAAAAGCAGCCUGCAAACGUUGUCAUGGAAAAAUACAGAGACUCGAGCUGCUUUGCACGCUGUUAUUAUGAAAGUUUUACAAGCGAUAUUAUCCCACUAUAUUACCCAUCUGUUUUUGGAGUCGUUUUCGUAGUACAGUCCUGCGUCGACCAUCCCAUCCAUAAAGACUUAAAGUCAACUCGGUAUACUUGGGCUAACGUAAACAAACUUGGUCUAAUAAGGCGCUUUAAUGGUAAAAGUAAUCACCUGGAGUUGCGGGGUGGACCAGAGGAGCUGCUUAGCCGACUGGUUAGCUCGAAGACCGCGGCUAGUAUGUAGCUGCCACGCUAGCGCUGGUUAGCCAGCAAGGCCGCCAUUGAAAGGGGUGCCGCAGUCCAACAACGAACAAGACUCAUGUCGGUGCGACAUGCUAGACACACAACCCAAACGGAGCUGUGGUUAAUAAUUAAAGUUGUGGAGUGAUUAUUGAACCACGCUGUUUGUUUAUGGACUAAUGCGACAUAUGUGCUUCAUUCAAACGAAAACAUAAGCUUUCCCAGGCUUCCCCCCUCCGAUUUCGUCUCCCGCAAUGUUUGUCAUCUUUGUCCAUCUUCGGCUACUAGCCCAACUCUUUUAGCAGGCUAACUUUACCAUUAGCUGUCGAGCCUUUCGCGUCAUUAUUUUUUUAUGACCAAAUGUGUUUUUCUCGGGGAAACACGUUCGUAUUUUGUCACAUAGGCGCAGGGCGGUUGACUUAUUUGGACAUGGCUCGGGGCUUUGCUGCUGAUCCAAUGCGGUUUGGGGAGGGCGGAAGCUAAGUUGGCUUACGUUAGCUCGCGGCAGCCAUUUUAGCGAGCAUUUGUAGUCCUGGGCUAACUGCUGGUGUGGCACUACAAGAUGGACUGUUAAUACGCGCGGAAGAAGACCAUUUCCGCGUCGGCAACCGCGCCCUUGACUCGCAUCGAAACCAAUUUUCGUGUUUUCUUUUUAAAACUGCAUUUUCGCCAGUAUAUCUGAGCGUUUGUGUGGACAGCACGGUCGUGGAGCUUUUCCUCACUUGUUUUUCUCCUCAAGCGAUAACGACAAAACUCUUGAAGGCAAAUCUGCUCACCGACAAGAGGCACCAGCGUUGUGCUCAACCAAACAACGAUCAAUACCCCGAUUCUUAGUUGAGUUCCCGUCCGGCCCAAAAACGGAGGUCGUGGGGUUGGAGUGCGUGCUCAUGGCGGAAGAGACUGAGUGUGACACACCCGGCCUCGACACGCUUGGGUCGGAGUGUGUCAUAGCCCACAGCCAUGUCGACCUGCACUACGGAGCCGAGACUGAAAUCAUGACCGAGGAAAAGCGCGGUCUGGAAUUGGAGAUUCACGGCACCGAGCUCAAGAUCCAGGGACUGGGGACGGACCUUGGCGCCGUGGCGUGCGUGGACGCCAUUGUGGAGACGGAUCACGAUUACAUCAAGGUGGAGCACGACGACAUGCACUGCUUCGCCGGCGCCGAGAUCAAAACGACGGGCGAGGCGCUGCUUGGGGAAGUGCUCCUCAAGAACGAGCACGAGAUCAAAGUGGAGUCGGAUCACGGCGGCGAGCUGACGGUGGAGUCUGAGAACGGCGUCAUCAUCCACGAGGCGCACGGCCUGCAGUGCAACGAGUGCGGGGAGAUCUUUGGCAGCAUCUCCGACCUCCAUCAGCACUUUGAGAUCCACAAGGACCUCAACCCAUACAUUUGCGUGCACUGCGGCGAGAGUUUUGCGGUGGAGGCUAGUCUCAAGCAGCACAUGAAGAUUCACAUGAAAGAGAAGCCCUACGUCCCCCCGGGCGUGGAGAUCAUAGGCAAGGAUGUCAUCGACGCCUUCAGCCUCAAGUCUCAUCAGAUGAUUCACUUGCCCGACAAGCCGCACCGCUGCAACGAGUGCGGCAAGAGCUUCGCCGCCGCCAUCACUCUGCGGGAGCACAUGAAAAUGCAUUCGGAAGACAAGCCCUACAAGUGCAACCAGUGUAGGAAGAGCUUUGUCCGCAGGAGGCACCUGAAGAAGCACCAGGAGGUCCACGCCCGCGAGAAGCCGUACACGUGCGGCCAAUGCGGCAAAGGCUUCGCCACCACCUCCAACCUGAAGCAGCAUCAGAAGACCCACGCUGCCCACGCGGUGCACGCGGCCCACGCUGCCGUGGUGCUGGCUGACAAGCCCCACCGCUGCUCGCAGUGCGGCAAGUGCUUCGCCGCUGCCGCCACCUUGCGGGAACACCAGAGGGUCCAUUCGGGCGAGAAGCCGUACAAGUGCAACAUGUGCCGCAAGAGCUUCGUGCGCAAGCGCCACCUGAAGAAGCACCAGCAGGUCCACGCCGGCGGCAAGCCCUACACCUGUCGGCACUGCAACAAGGGCUUCAACCACUCGUCGUCCCUCUCGCGCCACCACAAGACCCACCUGCAGGGGCCCGUCUUCUCCCCGCCGCAGCCCGGCAAGCCCAUGACCUUCGGCACCCCUCCCAAGCAGAGGGUGCACCUGCAAGGGGAGAAGCCCUAUAUGUGCCACCAUUGCGACAAAGGCUUCAACCAUUCCUCCUCACUGUCGCGCCACCAGAGAGUCCACUCCGAGGGCAAAGGCUACACUUGCGGCCACUGCGGCAAGAUCUUCAACCACUCUUCCUCCCUGGCGCGCCACCAGAGGGUCCACCUGGAGAACAAGCAGCAACCGGCGCCGCAGUCGCCCCCACUGCCUCUGCCCACUCCCGAGCAGUACAGCGCCAUCCCUUCGCCCAAGGUUUUCCCCAACAACGCCUUCCCCAAACAACAUCUCCUCUCUGUCGAGAAGCCCUACCGCUGUACCCAGUGCGGGAAAGGCUUCAAUCAUUCGUCCUCCCUCUCCAGACACCACCGGAUCCAUUUAGAGUAGCCGCUCCCGGAUGUGUACGCAGUCAGGCGAAGACGACAAAACAACAAGGACCGAUUCAUCGUGGAGCUGCGGGGAAGCGUCACUUGGAUUCCUGGACUCUGUUUUGAACACUUUUAAAGAAAAUAGAAAAAAAUGUUACAUGAUCGUUUUGGAUGGAGCUUCUCGGUUAAGCACAGGAGUUUUUUCGACGAGGCUCAAGGAUGUCAACACCAAAAGUCCAAUUAAACACUCAUCUUUUUUUCCCACCCUUGUAACCUUUCCGGCACAUCCACUGUAAAUACAUCUUGAUUUCUUUUAUAUGUAUAGGUGAUUAGUGUGCUGUUCCCAAAAAACAUUUUUGAUAGACAUGCCCAACAUUGCCUCUACAGGUUUUUUUGGCCCCCUUUAUCUGAUGCUGCGUUUUCAAACAGCAUCUGAUUAAUUUGCCAUUGUGUAUAUUUAUGAGGUUAUUUUCUUGUGUACAGAGAGCAAUACUGGCUGCCACCCUGACGUUAAAAUUAUAACAGCCAUAAACAGAAUAAAAAUCUCGUUAGCAUAUUACACCAGUCUCCUUUCUUUGCUUAUCCCCCCCCCCCCCCCAAGGUUAAAAAAACAACCUGUUUAUAGACUAGAUAGCAGUUACUCAUGUUGAUUAUCAAAAUUUGAGCUAAAUGCUUGUGUAUACAAAAAAAAAUAUGGAGAAAUCCGACUUUUCAAGACUGCAUUGCGCUUGACUGGUAUGUGUAAAAAAAAAUUACAAACUUAUUUUUUUAGGUAUGGAUAGGAGGGUAUGAAAGGGAGCAAAGAAAGAUGUUUUUAUGGGAGGGCACGACAAGCAAUAUUGUUUUUGUUUUGUUUUUUUAAACCCCUUCCCUACCAUUGACGGCGAUUGACAUCCAACCAAUUUUGACCCACUCAAAAUGCUUCGGACUUCCAUUGCCGUGAAUGGUACCGAGUGAGUUAAGUUUCUCCCCUUUGUUUUUGCUUCAAUGUGUAGCAUAGUGUUUUCUUGUAUUAGUUAGGUGCCUUAUUGCAUGCUGUGUAGAAAUGGAUGCCGAGCUGUUAAUUGACAAGAUACAGGAGGAAUUUAUUUUUAGCUCAUGUUCAUACCCUUCAUUUUAAUUUGACGUCAAUGACGCCUUUUUUGCUUUCAUGUAUACUAUCGUGUUUACACUGUGUAUAUUGUCUUUAAUUUCUCCCCUUUUCUGUUCUUGUAAAUGGCCUAAUUGUUUAGAGGAGUAAUGUAAAGGAAUCCAUAGAGGCCUCUCUUGAAGGGCAAUUCUUGUAACAUCUCCCUUUUUUUCCCCUGAGUGGCACAUAUGGAUAAAUAAAGGCUGUUGACUCUC